GAGUAAGUCGUAUCACCCGAGAAUGCUUUGUGAAGAAAUAUACGUGAUAAAAAAAUAGGUGUUACAAUAAACAGAUAAGGAUUGUACAUCUGUGUUGAAUAUAUAAGAACUGUAAUUAUAUCCUUUGUAGUUGUGAUACUGAUUAAUUUAUUUAGUGACAGUCAGCAAAAAAUACUCAUAAUACUGACUUAAAUGAUGCAACAAACGUGAAUAAGGAAAAAGAUAAAGAUUGGAUGUCAGGCUUUGACGUCACGCGAGGCAUUACUCACUUUCUGGCUGAACUGACGUCAAAAGGCGGGAGCAAAGGACAGUGGGCUCCAGUCUGUAGGAAACCAAAGGAUACCAAGUGACAAGAGGAUGCAGGCCGGGGGAAUGCCACCAAUGGGAGGGCCGCCGGGACCCCCCCAGAUGGUCCCCAUGAGCAAGGUGGAGAUCAGCAUAUCUGCCAAGGGCCUGAAGGACAAGGAUGCGUUCAGCAAGAGUGACCCCCUGUGCAUUGUUUACCUAAAGGACAUGGGGCAGGAUCGCUUCCAGGAGAUCGGAAGGACAGAGAUGGUGAAGGACUCUCUCAAUCCACAGUGGGUCCGCAAAAUUGAGAUUGACUACAGGUUUGAGGAAAGGCAGCUGCUGCGUUUUGCCAUCUAUGACUGGGACAGCAAGAGCUCCAAUCCUGAUGACCAAGACAAACUGGGGACUGUAGAAUGUUCGCUUGGGGAGAUAAUGGGGCGUCAGGGGUCCCAGUUGAGCAAGACCAUCCAGGGUGGCACAGGGGUCCUCAUGAUGGAGGGUGACGAGGUAUCAUCCUCUAAAGAAGUGGUCACCAUGGACAUCACAGGCACAGACCUUGACAAGAAAGAUUUCCUAGGCAAGAGUGACCCUUUCCUCAUCUUUUACCGGUGCAAUGACAGCAGCCAGUAUCUCCCGGUGCACAAGACAGAGGUAAUCAAGAAGACCCUAAACCCUGUGUGGAAACCCAUUGUAGUUCCCGCAAGAACCCUCUGUGCAGGUGACCACGGCAGGAGCAUCAAGAUUGAGUGCUACGAUUGGGACUCUGACGGCUCACAUGAUUUAAUUGGGGAGUGUUACACCAAUCUGGAGAGACUGCUGGAGGGGCAGGGGAACACCAACGUUUAUCAACUCAUCAAUCCGAAGAAGAAAGCAAAGAAAUCAAGUUAUAAAGACUCCGGCAAGCUUCACCUACGCUCCAUUACUUGCCACGUGGAGCCUUCUUUCCUCGAUUACAUCCGCGGAGGCACCCAGAUCCACUUCACGGUGGCGGUGGACUUCACAGCCUCCAAUGGGGAUCCACGCACCCCCGCCUCGCUCCACUUCCGCCAGCCAGGGGUGGAUAACCAGUAUUCCAUUGCUAUCAAGGCUGUUGGGGAGAUUAUUCAGGAUUAUGACACUGACAAGAUGUUCCCGGCGCUGGGCUUUGGUGGACGUAUUCCCCCUGAUUGGGUAGUGAGCCAUGAGUUUUAUCUCAAUGGUAGCCCUGAUAACCCUUACUGCCAGGGCAUCUCGGGGAUUCUGGAGGCCUAUUUCAACUCCCUUCAGACAGUUGGACUUUAUGGACCCACAAACUUUGCUCCGGUCAUCAACCACGUGGCGCGUUUUGCUCAGGCACACCAGGACGGGAAUAACUACUUCGUGCUGCUCAUUAUUACCGAUGGCAUUAUUUGUGACAUGCCUGAGACACGCAGGGCUCUGGUGGAGGCGUCGAACUUGCCCAUGUCGGUGAUCAUCAUUGGCGUGGGUAGUGUUGAUUUCUCUGCCAUGGAGGAGCUGGACGGGGAUGAGAAGAGGCUGAGUUUUGGUGGAAAGUAUGCCAGCCGAGAUAUUGUCCAGUUUGUAGAACUGAGGCGUCACUUGGGUCAGAGGGGCGGGCAGCACAGCCAGGCCUUGCUAGCCAAAGAUGUCCUGGCGGAAAUUCCUCAGCAGCUCGUCUCAUGGAUGCGAACUCACGGGUACCAACCUCGCCCUCCCACUGUUCAGGGGCCGCUUAACACUUAUGGACUUGAGUAGCGUUAGUGAGGACGGUUCUUAUUUGCCCCUCAGAGAAAUGCGCCGGUUUCUCAAUAGCCGCCAGGAGAUGUCCCAAGCCAACCUGGCGAAGGAUGUGUUGCGUGAGAUCCCUGCCCAGCUGCUGUCCUUCAUGCGUCACAUCCACAGCGUUAAGUAGGCAACCACAUGGGACCUCUCACUCUAGGACUCCCUCACAAGGACCUAGACACCAGGAACCCAGCACCAAGGCUCCCAAACACUAGGAUCCCCUUCAAAAGGAUCCUCACAGACACUAGGACCUCCCCACAGGACUCUCUUACAAGGACCCUCACAGACAGCAGGACCUAUUCACAAAUUUUAGGAACCCCCCCUUACACUAGGACCCCCAUACCAAGACACCCCUAUACAAUGACACAUCCCAUACAAGGUCCUCUCCAGAACGUGACACCCCUCAUACAAGAACCCCACCCAAUUGAAGGUCCUCCACGUACAAGGACCCCACCCAUGAGUUUUGGCUAAUCAGUAUACUUGAUGUUAUUUUUCUUCUAUAUUUUUUGAGCAGUUCAUGAUUUGCUUAUUGUUUUUAGCUUAUUUAUUUAUCACGCUUGGAAGGCGGUCAUAUUUAGCAUUUUUUUUUACUUUAUCUGUUGCUUGUUGCCAUAUGAAAGCUGGCCAUUUAUCCUGUCACUGCAAUAUGACUACAGCACCAAGAGUCACUGCAAAAUCUUUAGUGGCAUUGUAAGACAGAAGAGAGAUUAACACUGUAGGUUCCUCAACAUGCAGCUAGUGUGUUGUGUACUUGUGGCUGGACAACAUAAGGUAUCUCAGUGGCAUGUGGUCGAGGCAAGGUGUGUCAGUAGCAGUGAAACAGUUAGUGUUGUUUUUUUUCUAUUUAUUCAUUGUUUUUUUAUACUCACAUUCAGGGAUGUAAAAAAUAGGACGGUUGAGGUUCACUUAACUGCUAUUUCCUCGCCUCUAAAACUAUAUAUAUGUAAAGAUAAUCAAAUUGGAGGCCAUUUAUUUAUAGAGUUGUUUUGGUGCAGUAUAGGUGUACUUACAUUGCUUCCUAUCUACUGCCUUUUUUUAUUGAAUUAUUUAUAUUUUCUACGAUUUAUAUAUGUACUUAAUCACUAAAUACACUAAAGAUACACAUCCAUCUCAAAUACACACAUUUCCACCUAUAUUUUUUGUGAAUAAUGUUUUUAUCACUUUUAUAUGCUCUAGAUACAGAAAAAUAGAACAAAUACACUUUUCCCUUAAUUUGCUACUGCAUGGUAAUUCUAAGCCAAAUGACAGUGUUUAUUACAGCUCAUUUACAUGACCGCUGACGUCUAGCACAUUUACAUUUUAUGGUUAAUGUUACUUAGAAGAAAAAAAAAGGCCUUCCAUCACCGCCUUUUGAAUGUUUAGACAUCAGAGUUAGCUGUUAGGUAUAGUGAACAUAAACUAGCCUUUUUAAGUGAGGAACAGGGCAGUGUAGCUUGUAUAAUGAGGCACUGGGGAGGAAAAAAUGAAAAGGAUAGGGAAAGUUGAAAUAUUGUUACCACUAAACGGAUACAAGAGAGAGAAACACUUAAGUUUUGAUAUUUGAGGAUAAGAACCAUGAAGAGAAAGAUACUAAUUGUUAAAAUGGAAAUGAGAAAGAAGCAAGUUCCUUUAAGUUUUGAUAUUAAACACUGAGGAUAAGAAAAAUCAAGAGGGAGAAGAUACUAACUCUUAAAAUGGAAACGAGAGAGAAGGAAAUAAGAGGAUAGGAAAAAUCAAGAAGAAAAUGGUAAUUGUUAAAAUAGGAACGAGAGAGGAAGAUUUGAAGAUAAAGAAAAUUAGGAGAAAGAAGAUACUAAUUAUUAAAAUGGAAACGAGAGAGAGAGAAGGAAAUUUGAGGAUAAAGCAAAUGAAGAGAAAAAAAGAUGCUAAUUGUUAAAAUGAAAAAAAUAUGAGAAGCAAAUACAAUGAAAAUAAGAAAAAUAGUAACUGUUGCUUCUAAACAAGUGGUGUAGCAGGAACUGAAAUACUGAAUAAACUGUUUACGAAGAUAAUGGGAAGUAAACAUAAUGGAAGGAAUUGAUUUUGAGCUUUAUAUGUAACCAACUUAAUAAUCUCUUUGUCUGUUUGCAUGAGUGUUCAGUAUUUCAUGGUACCAAUUGAGGAAGUGUGGAUUUGCCAGGUUAACUUGAAGGAAGUGUGUUAAUCCUUGGUGUGUCUGUAUCUUGACUUGUAAAACCUCAAACUCACCAAAAAGUUAGAGAAAGGCACAUUAAUCCUUGGUGUAUUUAUGUUUUGACUCAUAAAGCCCCUAACUUGCUAAAAAAAAUAAUGAAAGGGAAGCAGAUUAUUCCUUUAUGUCUCUAUGCUGGCUUGUAAAAUCUCAAACUUGCUUGGAACUUGAUGAGAGGGAAGCAAGUUAGCCCUUUAUGUCUCUAUCUUGACUUGCAAAACUUCAAACUUGCUAAAAACUUAAUGAGAGGGAAGCAAGGUACCUCUUCAUCUCUCUAUCUUGAUUCAUUAAACCUCAAACUUGCUAAAAUAUUAAUGAGAAGGAAGCAAGUUACCCCUUCAUGUCUUUGCCUUGACUUGUAAAAUUUCCAAACUCUCAUCAGCCUUUAUGCAAACUUCCAUGUUGAGAAUUGUGAGAUGUUUAAAUGUUUUAGUAAGGUAUGCCAUGUUCCUUUGUGUAUGUGUGUGUGUCAGGGCCUGUCACUCAUAUGGUGCAAGAAUUCCCUCACACUAGGUUAAGAUACAGAGGUAUUAAAUUGAGGCCUCUCUCAGCCUUUUACGCCUCACCAUUCCAGGAUAAAGACCUUCACACUCUUCAGGAAACUUCUCGCUAUGAACUACCUCAGCAAGUUGCACUUACUGCCAUUUCAUUGUCCUGUCUUUUUCUCUCCUAGUUGUCUUAAUGGGUUUAGUACAUGUUUUCUUUCUUUAUCUUUGCUAGUUUUCUUUCUUUAUCCUUGAUUCUUGUAGGUCUCUGUUCUCUUUCUUGAUCUUUCUUUCUCCUGUUUGUCUUUGUUCUCUCUAUCUUUCUCUUGUCUUGAUGGGUCUGGUAGGCAUUUUCUUUCUUUAUCUUUACUAGUUGUUUUUUCUUUCUUUAUCCUUGAUUCUCCUAGUGGUCUUUCUCUGUCUCUCUCUCUCUCUCUCUCUCUCUCUCUCUCUCUCUCUCUCUCUCUCUCUCUCUCUCUCUCUCUCUCUCUCUCUCUCUCUCUCUCUCUCUCUCUCUCUCUCUCUCUCUCUCUCUCUCUCCUAGUUUAUGUUUUGGUAUUUUUCUUUCAUUAUCCUUGACUUUCUUGUCUUCAUUGUUUUGCUAGUUUUCUUUCUUUCUUUGAUUCUUCUAACUCUGUUCUCUUUUUAUCUUUCUCCUAGUUCAUGUUUUGGUAUUUCCUUUCUUUAUCCUUGAGUUUCUUUCUUGUCUUCAUGAUUUUGCUAGUUAUUCUCUUUCUUUAUAAAAAAAAAAAAACUGCCUUUAUAUUCGAAAGUAGCUUAAGAAAUUUCAUGCAUUAAAUAUUUACAUAAUCUACAGACUUAGAUGUUUAAAAAUAGCAAAUUUUACUAUUGAAAUAUUUAUAAAUAUAUGAUAGAGAGACUUAACUUUUAAUGUAUUGCAGAAUUAGUGUUACAUAUUCUAUUGUGGAAAUCUCAAUGGAAAUAUAUAAAUUUUUAAUGUAUUACCAGAGAAAUUUAGCAUAUUAGUGUUAGUGUUCAGUGUGAGGUAGUGAGGUAGUGAAGUUAGGUGUAAGGUUAAGGAAAUUUAUAAGCUGAUGAGGUAGUUAAGUUAGGUAAGGUGCAGGAAGUUUAUAAGCUGGUGUGAGGUAGUUGAGUUAGGUAAGGUGAAGGAAGAUAAGCAGGUGUUAGGUAGCAAAGUUAGGUAAGGUGAAGGAAAGCAUGAGGAAGUGAAGUUAGGUGUGAUGAAUGAACUUUAUAAGCAGGAACAGGUGCUUAAGUGAGCCUUCUUUUAACAUUUUUGCUCUUGGCCAGUGCCCCUCUUAUAUAUAAAAAAAAACCGGUGUGAGAUAGAGGUGCUGUGUAGUUUGGUCCAGGCUGGGUGAGGCUCGGAUAGAAAGCUCAGUGUAGAAGCCUUAGACUCCCUUCACAUGACUCCACUGUUGGCCACCACUUGUUGUUCCUGGUGGUGAUGUAUGGUUAUGUGUCCCUACCCAAUCCUUCCACACUGAGGUGACCAGGCAGCCAGCAGGGGUGUCAUGUGGGAGGGGCCUUAGUCACUUCCACUGGUUUCUGUCAGUCGUGUUGCUGAGAGUUGUGUUACGUUGCGUCCAUUUCCAAGUAUUUAGCGCUGGAUUUAAUAUUUUUCUAUGCAUACUAAUAGAAGGGUGAUGGAGUGUGCAAGUUUGUGAGUGUUCAUGUAUCUGUGUGUGUUUACUUAUACAGGACUUUUUAUAUAAGCUUCCACAACAAGAACAAACAAAAAAAAAAAAGGUUAACAAGUGCAGCAUGCUUGUCCAAUGAAAUACAGUUAAGGAAAAGGAAAAUUAACAUAUUAGGCAUAAUUAUGACCUAGCAAUCUUAGUCUGAACUUUGUUUCAGCAAUCCGUGUCUCGUCAAAACAUCCAAACCAGUUGUAAUUUUCUUUUAAAAUUUAGAAGUCCUCACUGUUGUUAUUAGUGGCAAAAGAUGUGAAUUUAUGAGGAAGAGAACUGUAUAGGACUGUUGAGGUCUUCUCUUACGUCGAGACCUACCCACAGAUGUCAAGGUUGAUGCUUAUAAUUCACCCCAUCAAACCUCAUGCCCUUCCCUAGCCUAAUUCUUGGCCAAGGGAAGAUCUUAGGAUUGUUACCUAUAAUUGAUUCCAGACUUUCUUAUUCCCUUCCCUAACCUAACCUGAUUCUUUGCCAAGGAAAUAGAUAUUAUUAAGUUUGUUGCUGAGAACCCAUUCCAUCAAACCUCAUGUCCUUCCCUAACCUAAUUCUUGGUUAAGGGAAGAUAUCAGGAUUGCUUUUAACCCAAUCAGUCAAAUCUUCUCAUUCCCUUCCCUAACCUUCCCUAACCUAACUUAAUUCUCCAGUGCUUAUUCUAGAAAGUGAAAAUUGUAACUCGCCCUCCAGUGUUGAUUCUGCAGGAUGGUUGUUAUUGAGUUUGUUCGCCUUGCAGUGUGUGUAAUGCUGAGUAGGGAGGGGUGAGUGACAGAGAGGUGCACAGGACUCUUCAUUGUUUAUUUUCGCUAUUCACCAUCUCGAGAAAUUUGUAUACCAUGUUCUCGUUUAUCUGUUUUUCCACUGUUUUCCCCAUUCUCUUGCUCUAUCCCUCUUUCCCCACAAAAUUUUUAAAGCCUUUUCUACUUUACCUAUUUUUCUCUGUUUUUCCCAUUCUUUCCCUCUACCUCACCUCUUUCCCUCCCCAAAUUUGUAAACCACAUUAUACUUUACCCUGUGUCCAAUUUUCCACCAUGUUUUCCCCUAUUCUCUCCCUCUAUUCCACCUCUUUCCCUCCCAAAUUUGUAAGCUGCUCAAGACUGCUAAACUACUGUAAUUUUAUUGUAUCACUACGUGUCUGGGCGUAGUUGUGGUGAAGUUACUGCCUGCUGGUACUCCCUUCUCUGUGUUUCUUCGGUGACAAAAGGAGUAGAGAAGGAAGGGAGUUACCAGGUCUCAGUCCCCUGGUUGUGGUUAUUGUAAGGGAAAUGAGAUUGUUAUGUAGAGGGAGAGAAAUUAUGUGGGAGAUAAGGAAGGUUGAAUGGAGUGUACUUUGGUCUCUAUUCUGAAAUGCUUCUCUGCUACACUACUUUUAAUAAACUCUAGUUGAAGUGAUGCAGAUUUUUAAGGGUGUUUUUAUAGUUGUAGUGACAGAUUAUUUGGGGUUUCUACAUUAUGAAAAGGAGAAACACUCUUGAGAACGUGGCUAAUUGUCUCUGUGGCCUUGGGAAAUUGUCACAGUGAGAGAGUAAAGCAUUUCAGAAGAGGGGCCUUAGAUUGGUGAUGAAUAUGCUGUGUUACUUUGGUGAAGCUUUGCCAUACGCGAGUUGUAGGCUUAGAACAAUUCAGUCAUUAACAUUUUCAUUGUGGCCAGGCCUUCCAUCAGUGUGGCUGACAUACCUAGGGUCACAGUAAUUUUGUCUGUAGAAGCAUUGACUCACCACAAAAUCAUAAAGUAGAAGGAAUAGUGUGUAAAAUUUUGAAGUGUAUUUUUGUACUAUUGGUCACAUGAAGGUGUUAAUGUACACACACGUAACUGUAAGGUACAGUAUUGUGUACUAUUUUUGUACUGUAACUUUUGGUUCUUAUUUUGUCUGACGCUGAAAAAUGCCUGUCCGCAGCUCACCACUUGCCUGUGACUGAGUGGUAGGCAGUGGUGCAGUGCUGCCUCAAGUUUUCUCAAAGUUGUGUUUGGUGCAUGAAUGGAGAUGUAAGAUUCUCAUUAAAAUGUGAACUCAUUGCUA